CAACACAGCAGCAUCUGAACCCCGACACACAGCGAGCAGCAGCUCUGAAUGAUGACCCUGAGGACCCCGGAGCGGACACACAGCCUCAUCUGAUCCGGAGCGCGAGCUGCAGCCUGCUUCCCACCGCAGCCCAACUCUCCCUGCCUACAGGCCACGUGCCAGCCCAUGAUGCUCAGCGGUUCAGUAGACGUGCCCAGCCCUGGGGGGAUGAGUGUGGCAUCGGGCCGCAACGUGAUACGCAGCUCAAGCAUCAGUGGCACCAUGUACAGCCUGGAGAAGAGCCCGAGCAGCACCAGCACUGAUACUGGCGGGACUAAAAAACGCCGCUCCAGCCUCGGGGCUAAGAUGGUGGCCAUCGUAGGGCUUUCUCAGUGGAGCAAGAGCACACAGCAACUCAACCAGCAAGAUGGAGGAACCAAGAAGCUACGUAGCACGAUCAGGAGGAGUACGGAGACGGGUAUCGCCGUGGAGAUGAGGAACCGUGUGACACGGCAGGGCAGCAAGGAGUCAACUGACGGUAGCACCAACAGUAACAGCUCAGAAGGAACGUUCAUCUUCCCGACUACCCGGCUGGGCCCAGAGAGCCAGUUCAGCGAUUUCCUGGAUGGCCUUGGCCCCGCCCAGAUUGUCGGACGUCAGACGUUAGCCACGCCUCCAAUGGGUGAUGUCCAUAUCGGAGUGAUGGACCGGGGUGGUCAAAUCGAGGUGGAAAUCACCCAAGCCAGAGGUUUAACCCCUAAACCUGGUUCAAAGAACAUUCCAGCGACGUACGCGAAGGUCUAUGUCCUGGAGAAUGGAGCAUGUCUCUCCAAGAAGAAAACCAAAGUGGUAAAGAAAACUCUGGACCCGACCUACCAGCAAACACUGCUGUUCGAUGAAAGCCCUCAGGGCAAAGUGCUACAGGUGAUCGUGUGGGGAGAUUACGGCCGCAUGGACACCAAGUGCUUCAUGGGAAUGGCCCAGAUCCUCCUGGACGAGCUGGAUUUGUCCUCCAUGAUCGGCGGCUGGUACAAGCUGUUCCCCACUUCCUCUCUCGCCGAGCCCAGCAUCGGCCAGCUGACCCGGCGCCUCUCGCAGUCCUCCCUCGAGAGCGCCACCAGCCCCUCCUGCACCUAGAAACAUCCUCCCUUCAUGUCUCCCCUCUGUGUCUUUAUGGUCCCCUACUCUUUUUUUUUUUUGUGCAGCUCGGUCUUAAAUGCAACUCUCUGACACAGUGAGUGGAAACGGAUAGAUAGCUGUAUCGUCCAGCACACACA